GCACACCUCGAUUUCAAGUUUUGCAUGGUUCGCUUGCGAUCGCAGCAGUUCAGCCGUUCCCAUCAGUCUUGUCACAGCUCUUGCCAGUGCUGGUCACAAUUUCCGUCUGUUGUAGUUCAGCAGAGAGCCAUUUCGCGAACAAUAAACAACAAAGCGUUUAAUUGUUCUCGCGCGCGCGAAUUAAUUCACGAUCCGGUCAGUGUGUGUGCGUGUAAAAGGAUAGCCAGUCGGGCAGCCAGUAAGCCUUGAUCCGAACCCGCUCGUUGAUGGAAAAUUGCGCAAGAAAAUAAAAAAAAACCACACACCCGUGAAGUGAUCUGCAAUCGAACACUGUGCCGAGUCGCUAUUCACGCUAGUCCCUCAGGUGAUCAUUUCUGUAAGAUCUUUACUACCGCCAGUGAUUCGUUACAAGCAAACAAACAAAACAAACGAAAAAACAAGAAUUCUCUGCUAACAGGUUCAGGUUCAAGAAACAAAAAGUAUCAAAUUGCAAACGACGCUGAGUCACCACCCCGCCUCUGUGAUCGUCGUCGUGAUCACGUCGUGUGUGGGCCGAUAUUGACACGUCGGGGUUGUCGCAGAGUGUCCACAUUAGGACCAGAGAACAGGAGAAAGUAAAAGAACAGGUGCUAGACGGAAUCCACCAGCAUCGGGGAACAGUCUCGCCCCGAAUCCGAUCGCAGUAGACACGCUACGAGACGCACGAUGAGUUUGAUGGCUAAAUGACUGAGAGAUAAUUCGAGACUAAAUGCCAUGGAAUCGUCGCACAACGGCGCUCCGUCAUCCCUCGUGAUAGCGCCUUCACCUUGCAGCUACAAGAGCCCAAUUCGACCGAAAGGACACUACCGAUCGUCGUCGCUGGAGAAUAAUCCGUUUGGGCCGAUCGGUGGAAAAUCCACUCUGAGUUUGGUCCCAACCAGUUUCACGGGAACGCUCAAGUCACGUCGGGAGCAGAAACGAAUAUCGGAUUUUCUUAGCAAACAGAAUCUCUCGGGAACACCCAGCCUAGCAACCGGCAGUAUUACUGGCAACACUGGAAGCAACAGCGCAAACCCGCAUGGAAGAGAUCAGAACGAAAGCAGUAUACGGAAGGCGCACUUCGAGAAUAUACGGGAAAUUUUCGAGAAAAACAACAGCAAAAAUGCCCACAACAAUAAGCUAGCAGCAGCUGCCGUCGCGAAACUCAACGGUCUAGUAGCAGCGACCACCUCUUCGUCCUCUUGCUCCAUCGGACAUGAACCGACUUCCGGAGGAACGCUGUCCACGGAAGAUAAGCCACCCAAGAUUCAGUCCUGCAGUGGAAUUCUGGGAAAGGGCAAACAGGUGAUCCGUCCGAUCGCAUUCAAACCAGUUCCUUACAAAUGUAACACACCAAAUUACGCCAGCCCGGUGAACCAGAAUGGUGGCCGACUGACGGACCUCGGCGAACGGUACGGAUCAACACCAUCGCUCGGGCCGCCGAUGAGCAUGCAGUACAAGUUUAGUAGUACGACCGAUCUUCAUCACCAUAAACACAAUCGUGGUGAACACGGUACCGCUGGAGUUGCCACCGGAUCCAAUGGUCUACCGAUAGGAAGCAGUGGUCCUUCGAGUGGUCUCUAUCAACAUCAGUACGGGACCCUCACGCGGAAGACCUCCAGUAUACCGUUCAAGACCUACGACAGUCUGGAGUCGAUCCUGAAGCUUCCGGAUAGUAUGAUCGCGUCCUUUCCAAACCCCAGCACCGGUCAAUCGUCAGCGGGUUUGUACGGAGCGCACGACCUACUCGACAUGGCCCCGUCACCGUCCGACUCGGGCAUUUCGGAACUGGAGGCCGCACUGCGCGACCGGGACUCGGAGUUGGCGUACCUUCGGCAAACCAUGGAGCACAAUGAGCAAGUAAUAUUCAAAGUUCAUCAGGACAAGGAGAAACACUGGGAACAGGAACUGAAUCGUCUGAAGGCGAUCCACGAGAGUCGACUGCGGGCGGGGGCACAGAAAGUGCACAAACUCGAGCAGCUGCUAAUGAUGCAAACCUUCCAGCUGCGGCAGGAUAAGAAGCGCCUCCAGGAGGACAUCCACCGAUUGCAUGCCGAGUUCAGUUUGACCAAGGAGCAGGCGGAACAGCAGAAGGGAGAACUGUGCCAGCUGAAGCUGAGCGAGAAAGAUCUCAAGGACCAGAACGGGGACUUGAUCGAUGAGAUUCAGAUGCUGCGCCGGGUCGUAAGUGAUCUGAAGGAACGACUCGAAGAAAGCGAGUGGAGCCUCUGUCAGCGAAACGGCGAGGUGGCACUGAUGAAGACUCAACUUAAGGAUGCACAGGCGGAGGCGACUACAAAAGAUCAGGAGAUUCUACAGUUGCGAUCGGAUUUGAAAAUGCAAAACAUGGAUGAAAUUAGCUUGAAGAAGUCAGAGAUAAAGAAGGAACUUGACUUUGAUCUGGAGAUCUCUCAGCUCAACCGGAUCAUCAUAUUCAAGGAUCAGAUCAUCGUGGUGAUGAACAACGAAAUCCAGAAGUUACGCAAGGAACUGUCUGACAUUUCGAUAAUGCGAGGCUACGAAGGAGUUCCAUCAGGACGCUAUUCGCGAUACAAGAAGAAGCUGGACUUCGUUGCCCAGAAGUUUGAGGAGUCCAAUGACCGGAGCGAUAGUAACAAUAACAACAAUGAUCAAACCGGUGACGAUGCUGAAGAAGAAGAAGAAGAGAAAACCGCCACCGAGGGUGAUGCCGUAAAAGCUAAAAGUGGUGACUUGAGCAGUAGUGAAAUUAUCCGAAACUACUUCAACAGCAAACUGGAGUUGAACAAAAAACUGUUUCUGAGUACGCAAAUCUGCAACUACUCGGACGAGGAUAAGUCGAGCAUCAUUGAAACCUACAACGCCAAAAAGUUGCCCGAUAUCACGUUAGAUCUGAGCAGUAUUGUCCGGACGGAGAAGCUCACGUGCGGUGAUGAGCUGAAGGAGGCAGAUCAGAGUUGCAAUCAGAGUUCGUCGGAUGAUGACUACAAAUCAAUGACGCCGACACGCGAUCAGGACGAAGAGGACACGGCGGUUCUAGCGGAGGUGGAAAUUUCCACGAAAUGUGAUAAACCCUCAGUCGGACAGGAUAGGGAACAGCAGAUAGGCCGGCUCCGACAGGAACUGCAGGACUGUCGGACCGGUUUCGAACAGGAACGGCAGAAGUGGGCCGACGAGAAGGAGAAAGUUCUAAUCUAUCAUCGACAGCUGCAGCAAAACUACGUCGAAAUGUGCAAACGAACUGCGAUACUGGAAGAACGGCUCAAAACGUUCGAGAAGGAAUAAUCGAAUUUUGCCCAUAAAUAAUAAUAAUAAUAACGUUAGAAACUACUAGAGAACUAACUGAUGUGACCCC